CAGCCGGAAGUGAGCUCCCAGGCAGACGUCGCCCUAGCUCCUAGGUGUCUUGGUCGACGGAGAAACAGCCCCAGGGCAGCGUGAGUUCGCAGCGAGGGGCUGCCCGUGAGCCCGAGUCUUUUCUCGGUCGGCCGGUCGCACGGUGCUUUGCGGCUGCCGUCAAGCGCGGCGGAGGCCGGCCGGGCCGAAAGUGCCAUGGCGGCAGGCCGGCUACCUAGCGCCAGGGCGGUGCUGGCCCCGCUGUUCUUGGGGCUCGCGCUGCUGUGCGUUGGGCCUGCCCCGACGCGGGCUCUGCACAACGUCACGGCCGAGCUCUUUGGGGCUGAGGCCUGGGGCACGCUGGCAGCCUUCGGUGACCUCAACUCCGACAAACAGACGGACCUCUUCGUGCUGCGGGAAAGAAAUGACUUAAUUGUCUUUUUGGCAGAUCAGAGUGCACCCUAUUUUAAACCCAAGGUAAAGGUAUCCUUGAAGAGUUUGAGUGCACUGGUAACAAGUGUAGUCCCUGGUGAUUAUGACGGGGAUUCACAAAUGGAUGUCCUGCUCACAUAUUUUCCCCAAAAUCAUACCAACAAUGAACUAGGAGCUGUUAUCUUCUGGGGACAAAAUCAAACAUUAGAUCCUAAAAACAUGACCAUACUCAAUAGGACUUUUCAUGACCAACCACUGAUUAUGGACUUCAAUGGCGAUCUAAUUCCUGAUGUAUUUGGCAUCACAAAUGAGUCCAGCCAGCCACAGAUACUACUAGGAGGAGAUUUAUCAUGGCAUCCUGCCUUGACCACUAAGAGUAAAAUGAGGGAUCCACAUUCUCAUGCAUUUAUUGAUCUGACUGAAGAUUUUACAGCAGAUUUAUUCCUCACGACCUUGUCUGCCUCUAAUACCUUCCAGUUCGAGAUAUGGGAAAAUUUGGGUGGAAACUUCUCUAUCCAUAGUAUCUUUGAAAAACCUAAAAAUCUGGUGGUGGUUGGACAAUCAGCGUUUGCAGACUUUGAUGGAGAUGGACACAUGGAUCACUUGCUGCCAGGCUGUGAAGAUAAGGACUGUCAGAAAAGUGCCAUAUAUUUAAUGAGAUCUGGAACAGGACAGUGGGUUCCUGUGCUUCAGGAUUUUAGCAAUAAGGGUACACUCUGGGGCUUUGUGCCAUUUGUGCAUGAAGAGCAACCAACCACAAUACCAAUUCCACUCACACUUCACAUUGGAGACUACAACAUGGACGGCUACCCAGAUGCUCUGGCCAUACUGAGGAAUACAUCUGGAAGCAAUCAGCAAGCCUUUCUACUGGAGAAUGUCCUAUGCAAUAAUGCGAGCUGCGAAGAAGUGCAUCGGAUGUUUAAAGUCUACUGGGACCUAGCAGGCCUAAAUCUAAUCAAAGACGCCAUAGUUGCCACCUUUUUUGAUAUUUAUGAAGAUGGGAUCUUGGACAUUAUAGUCCUCAGUAAAGGAUACACCAAGAAUGAUGUUGCCAUCCAUACACUCAAAAAUAACUUUGAAGCAGAUGCUUAUUUUGUUAAAGUCAUUGUUCUUAGUGGUCUAUGUUCUAAUGACUGUCCUCGUAAGAUAACACCCUUUGGAGUAAAUCAGCCUGGACCUUAUAUUAUGUACACAACAGUAGAUGCAAAUGGAUAUCUGAAAAAUGGCUCAGCUGGACAGCUUAGCCAGUCAGCGCACUUAGCUCUUCAGCUACCUUACAAUGUACUUGGUUUAGGCCGAAGUGCCAAUUUCCUGGAUCAUCUUUUUGUUGGUAUUCCCCGUCCAUCUGGAGAGAAGUCUAUAAGAAAACAAGAGUGGACAGCAAUCAUUCCAAACUCUCAGCUGAUUGUCAUUCCAUAUCCUCACAAUGUCCCUCGAAGCUGGAGUGCCAAAUUGUACCUGACACCAAGUAACAUUGUCCUGCUGACUGCGGUAGCCCUCAUUGGUGUCUGCAUUUUUAUCCUUGCAAUAAUCGCCAUUUUACAUUGGCAGGAAAAGAAAGCCGAUGAUAGAGAAAAACGACAAGAAGCACAUCGGUUCCAUUUUGAUGCUAUGUGACUUUGCUUUAAGUAGUACAUCCUGGAAAUCACUUGAUUAAUGAAACACUAAAUUUUGACUCCUAGUAAAAAAAAAAAUAAUGGAUUUGAGAUGUUUAUAAAUUAUGCCUUCCUUGUCAAUUAUUGGAAAAUACUGAAAUAAAUAUGGCCUGACUAUCUCCUAAGGUCUGUUUUAAGCACUUUGUAUAUAAUAAUUUAGGUCCUUUAUUCAGCAGUACUGAACGUUUUUGUUCCUUUAUGGAAUGUGUUGCAUGUACUUGGUGCAUUUGUGUUUACAAUGUUAUUAGAAUGGGGAUUGUGGAAGGAUGUGUAAAUAAAAACUAUUUAAAUGACCUGUGGCCAGGACAUUGUUCUGCCUUAAUUGACCUUGAUUUUUAUCUUAAAAAUGCAUACUUCCACAAAUAUGUAGCAGAUAAAGUUAUUCAAGUAACAUUCUUUACUGCACGUCAGAGCUCUCGUGAAUGGCAUAGAAUGAGACUAACCAGGCUUUGGAAUCACAGUAGGACAGAUUGCCUUAGACGCCUGGUUUUAUAACUUAUCUGGAUCUGGCUGCUGCUUAGCCUCACUGUAAGCCUCAGUUUUGUUUGUAUGAUGAGGCUAAUAUGCCUGUUCAUUUGAGUUAUCAUGGACAUACAUUGUAUGGUAUACAUGGUGUGCUUAGCUCAGGGCCUGAGCGUACAAAAAGUGCUCAUCAAGCAGCAGCUGUCAUGAUUGCUACUGUAGGUGACUUUAUUCUACUACUACAUAGAAUGGAUUGAUACCAUAGACAUAAGGACAUACUCUUUGGAAAACUUAAAUUAUUAAUGGUACAUAUCUUACAUAAUGUGUUUGACUAGCUACAAUACUAUCCAAGAGUAAAUGUAUCCUAAAAACUAGUAUUUGAAUACUAAUCCUUGUACAGUAAUGUAAAUCAUUUGAUCUCUUGAAAGAAAGCUGAUAGAGGCAAACUCUGGAGGUGCCAAUGUGCCAUCACAGUUCUGUCCUCAAAAGACAGGAAAAGUCUGUCUCAUUUCUACAGACCUCAUAUUAUGAACUUUACAUUGCCAAAAUUUGCUUUAAAAUUAUUUAAAUCUAGAUUUCAGGAGAGAGGUAAUAAAAUUAUUAUCAAAGCUAACAAUAUUCUGAUUGUUAAGACAUGCUGUGGCUGUAAAAUACAAAAAUUCCUCUGAAACAGUUUUGUGUUACUUUCCUCACUGCGAUUCACUGGAGGGCAUGUGCUCAUUUUUAUUUCUAUCUAAGCAUGUUAAUAUAUCUUCUUAAUAAAUACUCCUUA